GGGAAAUUCUCCAAAAAUUGAUGGUGAAAGAAAAAGAGUGGAGGAGUGAAGCAAACCGUCCACAUUUCACAAGGCACAUACGCAAUGAGAAUUCCCAUCACAAAUCUGUUAUUACAAACAUCCCCCAAUUUCCGUUGUUUUAAAUCCAACUUUAUAAAGAAAACAAUUCCAAUUCACAAAUAUAGAAAGAUUCGUUACUCAAAUACUAACAAUUGCACUUGUUUUCUGGGUUUUGCAUUUUAUAGCAUAACCAGAAGAACAAGACGAAGAAGAUGGGAAUAGUAAUUUCUUGGCAAAGACAAAAAAACUAAUUAAGGAAAGAUGGAGUACAAAUAACAAAUUUCUAAACAAUACCUUGCUUUGGUUUUGUUUAACAGAAUUCAAAGAUAACUAAUUCAAGAAAUCAUCGCUUGUAAGUCUUACUUUCUCUCUCCUCCCCUUUAAUAUACUCGUCCAUGGCUGUAACCGUUCUCCUUUCUUCAUCGUUCAAACAUAAAGGGUGGAUUUGCAUUGAAUUUGUGAGUUGUUGAUGGAAAAGAUAUCCUAGAAUUGACGUUUUGGGUGUAAGAAUUAGUUUCCUGGAGAAAUAAUUGAGGUUGAUUGUGAUAAAAUAGUGAAGGUGCUUUUUGAGGGCGAAAUGUGUUUGGCAAAAAGGUAGGGAUUGAGACAGAGCUUUCAUUUGAUAGGAUGGAUGUGAAUGGUGGGUCGUUCCCUAGAAAACUAGCACAGUGUAGGAUUUGCCAUGAUGAAGAUGAAUCUUCGAACAUGGAAUCGCCAUGUUCUUGUUGCGGUAGCUUGAAGUAUGCUCACCAUAGAUGUGUACAGAUGUGGUGCAACCAAAAGGGUGACACUGUCUGUGAGAUCUGCCUGCAGCCAUUCAAGGCUGGUUAUACCGUGCCACCCCCUAGAUUGCCCUUUGCUGUCAUUCCAGUGCGUUUGAGGGAACCUUGGGAGUUCUCAACGAGUAAUCAAUAUGCUCAUCCAUCAAUAGUUGCUGCUGAAAAUUUCUUCGAUCAUAGAGUUGAUGACUUUACAGCUCCGACUGCAAGCAUAAUCUGUUGUCGGAUCAUUACAAUCAUAUUUAUGGUUCUGGUUGUUCUACGCCAUACUCUUCCUAUUGUAUAUAACGGGGCUGGAGAAUACUCUUUUACCUUAUACACGUUAUUGAUGCUGAGGACCAUUGCGAUUCUUCUGCCAAUGUUUGUCAUGCUUAAAGCAUGCAGCGUUGUUCGGCAUCAUCGGAGACACCGACACGCACUUUAUCAUGCUACAUCAGAUGAAGAAAAUGAGCUAGCGCAGACGCAGAUAUCAGCUCAUAUUAUCCGUAUUCAGUAAUUACCAUGAUCAUCUAAAGUGAAGACAUUCACUGUGGCAAUUUAAGAUUCAUCAGAAUUGCCAACUCAACUGAAUGUUCUUUUGUCAAACAACGGAAUGUAUAUAUUCUUGACAAAAGCGCUAUUGUGGAAGUCAGAGGAAACAAGGAUUAAAUUGGCCAACAUAUGACUUUAUCCGAGGAUUCUCCAGAUGUAAAUAGUAAUAGUAGUACUCAGAAUCUGUAUAUAAACUUAGCUAACAGUAGUAUUGAUUGAUUCAAAUGGCUAUAAAAUAUCAACUAUUAUGUGUA